ACAUAACAAAAACCAACGAGAACAAAACGAGUGAUAAACAUAAAAACUUCUCCCAAAAAAAGCAAUGGAUUUCAGAUUAAUGGGUUUAGAUUCACCACUAUUGAACACACUGCACCACAUAAUGAACAUAACUGACGACACAACAGAGAAGAACCUAAACGCACCAACACGAACCUACGUACGCGACGCAAAGGCAAUGGCAGCGACACCUGCAGACGUGAAAGAGUAUCCAAAUUCAUACGUAUUCGUUGUUGACAUGCCUGGGUUGAAAUCUGGUGACAUUAAGGUUCAAGUGGAAGAUGACAAUGUGCUUCUCAUAAGUGGUGAGAGAAAGAGAGAAGAAGAGAAAGAAGGGGUUAAGUAUUUGAAGAUGGAAAGAAGGGUUGGUAAGUUUAUGAGGAAAUUUGUGUUGCCUGAAAAUGGUGAUGUUGAAGGGAUUUCUGCUGUUUGUGAAGAUGGUGUGCUUACUGUUACUGUUAAUAAGUUGCCUCCUCCUGAACCUAAGAAGCCUAAGACAAUUGAGGUUAAGAUUGCUUGACCUGGAUGUCUUCCAUUCCAUGUUUGCAGAGCAGCAGUUAUGUCCGUUUUUUUUAGUUUGUUUUUGUGACAAUGGUUGUGUCUUUCCGCAAUUGUCUGAAAUGAUAAACUCAUGAUCAUGCGAUGUAAUGUGUGCUUUAAUAUCAACAUGAAUUUUAAUUACCUUGUGUGUUUUCAAUCUUUUUUUUA